AUGAAAGGAAAUUUUAUUCUUUAAUUUAAGGUUAUGCAAAUGUUGUUAAUUAAUGUUAUAAAUAAUGAGUAGUGCUUGUUAACUGUUAAAAAUUGAACGAGUACGUAUUAAGUGCGUGGUUUAAAUAUUUACGUUUUAGUUAAAAAUUGCGAUUUUAGUGUCGGUUUAUUGAUUUAUUCUACAAUAACUACAAUUAAGCACGAAAAAUAUGACGGAUAGAAAAAAAGGAAAGAAAAGAAAAGAGGAAAUAACUACUCUGGACGAAACAACAUCAGAACAUCCCUCAAAAGAUGAAGUGUCUAUUGCAAAAUGGAUGAGAAGUAAUGUUCCAAUAAAAAAGACAAAAUUUCUAAAUCAUAAUGUGGAGUACUUUACUGCAUCUAAAGCAGUUGAUGCCUUAAUGAGCUCUCAGUGGGCAAGUGGUGAUGAACCAUUGUUUACAUGUAGAGAAGAAAUUGUCGAGUUUUUAAAUGUGAUGUUGCUCCAUAAAUUCUUCCAUAGAGCUAGAAAAGUUCCUGUGUCGGAACAAGAAUUGAAAUUGAAAAAAAGUUCCAAGAAGAAAGACGGAGAUUCUGAAGACGACAAGAAAAAGGAAACAGACGUGACUACUAAAGGGCAAAUCAGAGAAGAGGAGAAAGUUGGAACGGAUGCUGAAAAUACUAACACAGAAGGCAAAAAGGAAAGCAAUAAGGAAAAGGAUAAAAAGAAAAGAAAAAUUAGAUUAGAUAUGCAUAAUGAUCAAAGGUUUGUAGAUGGUUUAGAUGCUUAUGUUUGGAUUUAUGACCCUAUUCCGUUCUACUAUUGGAUUUGUGGCACGCUUAUGGUUUUAGGAGUCAUAGGGGUAUGUCUCUUCCCACUCUGGCCGCCAACUGUCAGGCUUGGUGUCUACUAUUUAAGUGUAGCAGCGGCUGCAUUUUUGGUAUUUAUAAUAAUACUAGCCUUCCUUCGAGUAUUUAUUUUCUGCUUCGUUUGGCUUGUUACUCUGGGUAGACAUCACAUAUGGAUUUUACCCAAUCUUACUGAAGAUGUUGGAUUUUUUGCAUCUUUUUGGCCACUUUAUAUAUAUGAGUAUAAGGGUGACAAAAAUACUAAUAAACAGUCAUCGAACACCAAAUCAAAGGAUAAACAGUCAGACGAUGAAAAUGACGACAAAACCGAAGAUGAAAAACCUUCUAAUGACGACCAGUUGCCUUCAGAGACCGGCCUUAGACAAAGAAAGGGCAAAAGAAAAGCUGUGGACGAUGGGGCAACCCAGUCGGAGAGCGAAAGCGAAUCGAGCCAGAGGUCUAGUACUGGAAAGGACUUCGAAAUUGUUGAUCAGGAUGACAUAGAAACGUAGAAUAGGUUGUUAACUUUUCGAUAUUAUUAACACUGGUUAUUAUGGAAAAACAGAUUAAUUCAAAUAUAUAUUAUAUACUAUGAAAAAUAUUUAAGAGAUUGUUAGAAUAAAUGCAAGCACCGUAAGAAAAUAUCUAAAUAAUUAAUAAAACUGAUAGAACAAGAU